AUGCGCCUGCCUGCUUUGCUCCUACUCACCUUUCGACUGUGGUUUGUUCCAAGGGACACUUUAGCCAUCCUUGUGGGCCUUUGUGAGACUGGCGUAAACCCAGAGGCACCAACGUGUGUGGAAAUGUAUGUCCAUCUUGGAGCUGUGGAAUAUCCAGAAAGAGGGCAGAUGUCAAUGAGUGCUCGGGCAUUGGGGCGCUUGCUGCUGUCGUCCAGGAGCUCCAACGAGAGGCUGCUGCCCUCAGAAUGGCCAAUCAGCAAACGUUUUAGAGGGUCAGCUGUAGUAGCGGCAGGGAGCAGUUCACCUGGUGUAGCCCCCAGUUCACACUGCGAUGGGCAGUCAGGUUCCUUUCAUUUUUGGUUGUGUUGA